AUGGCGGCCGAAGAGGAUGACCACGAUGGCAGAACCAUCGCGGAAGCCUCGCUGCAAGGAAGAUACGCGGGAGGUCAAGGAACGGGACCGAGCUCAGAUCCUGACUCCCGAAAGAGUCACUUUACCUCGCCCAGGCCCGGCACGUCAGCCAGGCCCGCUUCCCGACCAAUCCUUAUUCCGAAGCCAUUAAUGGGAUGGGGAAUUGAAUAUAAAGAAAAAUUAUUACCAUGCGGUGCUUAUUAUCCAUUCGAUGUGAAAAUAUCGCCAAAUUAUGAAUUUAUCUAUUUGUCGCAAAUAAUAUUUAUGAUUAACACUGUCACUGUUGCAAUCAGUACAAAUACUUUUUUAACGGCAGUUGUUUUUCAUUUAUGUGGACAAUUGCAAGUGAUUGCAUUGAAUGUUAAAUAUACAACGACAUCAAAGAAUUUUUAUCAUUUUGAAUCGUUAAUUCGUCAAGAAUGUAAAUGUCUGCAUUGUAUUGUUAAACGACAUCUAAAACUAGUGAGCAAUUCAGAAAUUAUUGAAAGUUCGUUUAAUAUUAUGAUUUUGAUGGAAGUUGUCAUUACUAUUAUGAGUCUUUGCAUUCAGGGUUAUGCUGUUUUAGUGGUUUCACCGGCUACGGAUACAUCUGGGAGUUUUGUUAAUAUAGUUUACUUUUUAGCUCCAACUUUUUUAAUUUUUUUAUAUGCCUACAUAGGCGAAAAUUUGAUUGAUCGAAGUAAAGAAAUAGCUAAUGAAGUUUAUGACGUAAAUUGGUAUGAUUGUGAUCCGAAGUUUACAAAGUCAUUGCAGUUGGUUAUAGUUCGAUCGCAAAGACCAUUGGAAAUCACGGCAGGAAAAUUUUUUCCUAUGUCUUAUCACGCAUUUCAGAGAAUUUUGCUGUCCGCCUUGUCAUAUGCAACUGUUCUUCAAGCAUCAAGUGGCAAUCGUCAUUAUUUCUGA